CGUGCCUCCUCGCAGUAGCAGCGGCGGCCCUAGUCUUCUGGGCUCUCCCGGCUCUCGCACAGGCCGCCUUGCGAUUGGCGAGAAAGCCUCAAGCCCCCGCGGUCGUGACAUCAGCAGGAGCGGAGCAACAAAAAGCCGAGAGGGGAGGACGCCCAGCGAGAGCGCCUCAGCCAGCCAGUUUGCAACAGCGGCGGCUCGGAGCGCAGACGCCAAAGCCAAAGCCGCUCACAGCCCGACCGGCAGACGAGCUGGGUCGUGCGUGCGGAGCAGAAGGGGCUGGCGCAGGGCAGAGCUGCUCGCUCGCCACUACUGCUGCUUUUUUCAACCGGGCGCAAAAGUGCGUGACCCAGAGCAGGAAAAGUGGACAGUUUGGGGGCUGCUGCUGCGGCUGGGCGAGAUCUAACCCGGAAUCCAACUUUUUGGUGCUCCUGAUGCCAAGGCCCCUUUUUUAGAAAGAGGAGGAGGAGGAAAAGGGAUCGCCUUUCUGUUUACCUCCGCGCCCCUGGGGGACGCUUCCCACCCCAUCCCCGCGGCUUCUUUUCCUUUCCGCUCCCGAGCAUGAGUGCGAGGCGGACCGGGCCCCGGAGAAAGACGCCGGCGGCGCGUCCCCUUCCCCCGAACUCCACCCCGAGGGAGCGCCCUUUCAGCCGGGAGUGAUGCGGCAGGCGGGCCGGGCCAGCGGGCCAGAGAGCAGCUGCAGACCCACCAGCGGCGCGUCCUCCUCCUCCUCGCCGCUCCCCGCUCCUCCUGGCUGCGGCCAGGUUAGCCCUCGGGCGCGACCCGCCGGGAUGUGCCUUGUCUCGGCCAACAAGCGAUCUGGGGCGGCGGCGGCGAAACUCGACUAGAGCGAGGCGAGGCUCGCAGGCGCUUGGACUGUCCCACGACUGGGCACGGCUUUCUCCCCGGCUGCCCUGCCAGAAACUUCCGAGGACGGGCGGGCUUUGAACCGAGCUCCUCGACGCUCGUGGACAUCGCUUCUCCCCCCGCCCCGGUCGCCGAUCCUCCUGCGCCACUGCGGGACUGGACGCCCGGGCCCAUCCCGCCACCGGAGCAGGGAGGUGGGGGGAAAGAAAGGCGACGAAGACAGAGGGAGGACGGAUCGCACGGCCCCGCUUGACCCCCUCCUUGACCAGCCAGGCUACUUCAUGUGGAGGUUGGCUCAAUGGACGUGCCCGAGUGUGCUGCUGCUGCAGCUUCUUAAGCGAUCGGCGGGAUCCUAAAAGGUUGAUGACCAUGGUUGCCAGGACCUGCUCUCUACUAGCACUGCUGCUCUAUCACAUAUUGCUGGGUGGCUCGGCCAGCCUCAUCCCGGAGGUGGGCGACAGGCGAAGGUUCAGUGGAGACUUGCGCCAGGUGACUCCACUGCAGCUCCCCGAAGGGAUCCUGCGUGAAUUUGAACUGCGCCUGCUCAAUAUGUUUGGGCUUCAGCGGCGGCCCACACCAGGCAAGAACGCCAUUAUCCCCCCCUAUAUGUUGGAGCUCUACCAUCUGCAUACCAGUCAGAAGCCAACAACCAUGGACUAUAACCUGGAGAGAGCUACCAGCAGGGCCAAUACUGUCAGGAGCUUUCACCAUGAAGAAACACUGGAAGAACUUCCAGAAAGAAGUGGAAAAACGUCCCGGCGUUUCUUCUUUAACUUAAAUUCUGUCCCUGCGGGAGAGUUUAUCACUUCAGCUGAGCUUCAUAUUUUUCGGGAGCACAUUCAAGCCGCCUUUGAAAGCAAUGGCAGCUCUUAUCACCGUAUUAAUAUUUAUGAAAUUGUAAAGCCAGAACAAGAGGCUUCCACGGACCCCAUCACAAGACUCUUGGACACCCGCUUGGUGCAUCACAAUGCCAGCAAGUGGGAGACCUUUGACGUAACACCAGCUAUAAUGCAGUGGAUUGCACAUGGACAACCCAAUCACGGUUUUGUGGUGGAAGUGGUUCACUUGGACAAUGAGAGCAGUGUCUCCAAGAGACACGUCAGGAUCAGCAGGUCUUUGCAUCAAGACGAUGCCAGCUGGUCUCGGAUCAGGCCAUUACUAGUCACCUUUGGGCAUGACGGAAAGGGACACCCUCUGCAUAAGAGGGAGAAACGUCAGGCAAAACACAAACAACGCAAACGCAAAUCCAAUUGCAAAAGGCACGAUUUAUAUGUGGACUUCAACGAUGUCGGGUGGAAUGACUGGAUAGUGGCUCCACCGGGUUACAGUGCCUUCUACUGCCAUGGAGACUGCCCGUUUCCCUUGGCAGAUCACCUGAACUCCACCAACCAUGCCAUUGUUCAGACUCUUGUCAAUUCAGUGAAUUCCAAAAUCCCCAAAGCUUGCUGCGUGCCGACAGAACUGAGUCCUAUCUCCAUGCUCUAUCUUGAUGAGAAUGAAAAGGUUGUACUAAAGAACUACCAAGACAUGGUUGUGGAGGGCUGUGGUUGUCGCUGAUGCAGCAGCAGCAGCGACAAAAACGGACAAAUGCAAAAACAAAACUUGACACUUUAAUAUUUCCCAAUGAAGACCUUAUUUAUGUUAUGAAAUGGAGAAUUAAACUCAUCUAUUUUGAAAAUCUAUUUAUGUCUACAGAAAAAAGUGAGGAAAAUAUUUUAAUCAGAGAAUUAUUCCUUUUAAAGAUUUUUAAACGUAUUUUAGUUGUACAUUUUAUAUGGGUUUAAACCCUCCCCUUCCUCUCAGCACAUGAAGUAUAAAGGUCAGAUUCUUAUUUUGUAUUUAUUUACUAUUAUAACCACUUUUUAGAAGAAUAGCUAAUUUGUAUUUAUAAGUAUAAUCAAAAAAGGCAAAGAAAAAAAUAUAGGGUUUGUACAUAAUUUAAAGCAAAUGGUAGCUUUUUCAGUUGUGUGUAUUUAAGUAAGUUGAAAUGUGUACAUGGAAGGGUUACUAUGGCAAAGGUGCAUAAUGCAUUUUGCUUUCUGCAGUUCUACUGUUAAGGCCACAAAUGCAAGCCCAAUGAAAAGUGGCUAAUCCGCCCUGCUGACUCAAGAUUAUAUUGUACAAUUCUCAGGAAUGCUGCAGGGUGGGCUGCCCAGUCCAUGAGAAACUGGCAUCCUCCUGAUGGGGAGCAUUUGGAUAAGAACCAGACGUUGCCGAGCAAGUAGAAAUAUAACUGCUGUUCCUCAUGAAGGGGUGACAUGACCACCAACUGGGUUGAUAUAGAAAACUUCUCUCUCUUUUGGCCUUGCACCUACAGAAAAGCAAAAUGUUUAUGUUGUUCCUCCCCUUUUAAGUAGUUCAUCCAUUGGAAUCCUUGUCCUGGCCAAACAUUAAAUAAAAUACCAGAUUUCCUCAGUAUUUUUAAAAGCUUAUUUCUAUCACCUUUCCUAUGACUUCUUAAGAUGUUUCUGCUGCUAUAAAAUUACACUCGUUUGAUGCUGGAAUUGUAUUAUGGAAGACACAAUUCCUGUUCACACUACUACCAUGGAAGACACCGUCCUUGUUCAAACUCCAUGCAAUCUCUGUUAACACAGUUUAGAGGGGGAGCGGGUUUUUGUGAAGCAGCAAAGUAUGCCAAUCCACCCUUUAUUUUCUUAGGGACAUCAAACACAUGCAAAGGAAUCUGAGGAGUCACCAUAGCGCCAUGCCCUAAGUAACUCCUCCCGCACAUAUUUAAAGCCUCUAGGGAGGUAAAAGUUCACAUAUGGUGAAACACAUCUCCCAUCUGUAAGCACAAAACUGGGUUAACUUAUGCCAGAUGUAAUAGAAUAGGGCUUCUUAGUUUUCAUAUGACAGCUUUGAGAAAGGCCACAAGCAGAAGCUGUAGGCAACUACCUUUGCAUAUAUCCUACAGAGCAGCUGUAGCCAAUGUGGUGCCCUCCAGCUGUUGUUGGACUCCAGCUCCCAUCAGGCCCAGCCAGCAUGAGCAAAGGAGAGGGAUGAUGGAAGCUGGAGUCCAGCAAUAUCUGGAAGGCACCGUAUUGGCAUAUUUGCGUGCUGUUUAUCAAAUGAAAAAAAUAAGUAUCACAAUAAAAAAAUGAAACAAUUAGAAAUAAUCAUAAUAUCGAUAUGUAAAUAGAAAACAAACCAAUCCAUGUAACAUUGUAUGAAACCAUACAAAUAGCUAACCCAAUUUAGUGGCUCAAAUCUGAUGGCUAUAUUUCCAAAAAAGCAGUAUCCAUAUCUUUAGGUUCUAUAUUAAUUGACAGCAGCUCUCCAGUAUGGAGAGCCAGUGUGGUGUAGUGGUUAAGGUACUGGACUAUGACCUGGGAGGCCAGGGUUGUAAUCCCCACACAGCCAUGAAUCUCACUGGGUGACCUUGGGCCAGUCACUGCCUCUCAGCCUCAGAGGAAGGCAAUGGUAAACCCCCUGUGAAUACCGCUUACCAUGAAAACCCUAUUCAUAGGGUCGCCAUGAGUCGGGAUCGACUUGAAGGCAGUCCAUUUCCAUUUUUUCUCCAGUAUGACCACGACUCAAGAAGUCUUACAGCCAUUUCACACUCUCUUCUUUAGCUUGGUUGUACAAGGCUUUGACAGUGGACUCUAAACAAUGUCACAUCCAAACCAUACAUUUAAGCUCAUUUAAAGCAGGCAGCUUCCCCCAAGGAAUCCUGGAAACUAGUUAACGCUCACAGAGCUGCAAUUCCCAGCACCCUUAACAAACUACAUUUCCCAGCACUGUUUGGGGGAAUCCAUGUGCUUUAAAUUUGCUUUAAAUGUAUGGUGGAGAUUUGACCUGAGAGCUUUGGGAAACCUCCGUUUCAUCCAUCCUGGCUCUAAUCCGCAUCCUCUUUCAUGGGAUAUUGGUGUGUGUUGGCCAUGAUAUGGUUUCUAACAACAAAUUCAGAAUUAUCUUCUUAAAAACAUUGGUAGCAAGCAUCAUACUAAUCAAAAGUCUUAAGAGACUUGCAAGAUAAUGAGAAGCGAUGUUUAUAAAGGCUAAGGCUCAGAGCUACCAGAACAUAUUCAUCCAGUGUAGUGAAUCAUUCAUUCAUGAAUAUUUUAGGUUAGCUAUAAGAUGGUGUAAAGUUAAGGUGUAUUCUCUGCAUUUUUGCACUGCUAAUUUAAUAAGUACAGAUGGUAGUUUUCCCUGCAAUUAUUUGAUCUGAAAUGAGCUUGGGAGGUCCUCUGUUAACGUUUUUGGCAAAAGGAAAAUGAAGAUCUUACACAAUGUUUCUAGGCAAUCUUUUUCUUUCUUUUUUCAGGUAGUUCAUGGUUAGAGGAGAGAUGAAAUCUUUCCUCUUUUAGUCUCUUCUUGGUAGCAAACAUUCCCACCCCAGGAAACGGUAUUUCAGUUUUCAUAAGCUUUCACACAUUUGGGAAUUGUUCGCAACUCGUGACGACAUUUUUGUUUUCCUGGAUUGACCACAGAAUAGGUUCUGAUUGCUCCUCCAUGAGCCAAGCUACCUCACCACUGCAAAGUGUCUUUUAGAGAUGUCUGUGAUGGGAAGCUAGAAUUGACAUCUGGGCCUUGCUUCUUCUAGGCAGUUGCUCAGCUAGACACUAUCUCCAUCCUCAAUUUGCACAUGCACAAAAAGCCCAUAAUGUGGUUAACUGAAUCGAGGGACAGACUGCCUAGAAUUCUGUAGUGCUAUGCAGACUAAAUUCACAACUAAAAUAGGAUGGAACUGCGGGAGUUGGGACUGUAGGUUUCUGGGCGGUCUAUUAAGCAGGGGAGUAGAAGCACAUGGAUCACCCUAUCAAUUUUCAUGGUGAGCUUUUGAUUCUAUUUUAAGGGAGUUCAGGUGGGUGCCACCACUAAAAGAAAAGAGGUUAAAUGCUAAGAUGUAUCACCCUCUAGUCACCAGAAAUCAACCCGGCCUGUAAUACUUCUGGAAGAUGUGUGAAUUCCACAAAGGUUGUGUGCAAGUAUAAGA